AGAGUUUGUUGGAGACUUCUUCAUUUCAGUGGAGUUCAUUCUCUUGGAACUCACUAGCAAUCACUUUUUGGAGAGCAAUCGCUUUUUGGAGUUCAUCCUAUUUGCCAUUCUCUUUGUUGCCUUCUUCCUGAUCCUCCUAGGAAACAUCGCUGUCAUCACCAUCACACUGGUGGACCAACGCCUCCACAUCCCCAUGUAUUUCUUUCUCAGGAAUUUCUCCCUCGUGGAAAUCUGCUUCACUUAUACCUUCAUACCGAGGACACACUACAGCCUCCUUACAGGAGCAAAAACAAUUUCCCUCUCUGGAUGUUUUCUUCAGUUAGCCCUUUUCUUCGUCCUGGGUAUCUGCACUUUCUUCCAUGUAGCUCUCAUAUCCUUUGACCGCUACAUGGCCAUCUGCCGCCCUUUGCAUUAUGCUACCUUCAUGAACAAUAGGUUUUGUCUUCAACUGGUGCUGGGCUGCUGGGUGGUGAGUUUCUUCUUGGUGUUCUCAUUCUCCCCACUCACAAUUAUACUCCAUUUGCCAUUCUGUGGGCCCAAAGUCACCAACCACUUCCACUGUGAUAUAGCACCACUGCUCCAGCUCUCCUGCACAGACACCAGCCUCAUUGAGAAAGUAAUGCUGGUGACAAGUGUUCUAAUAUUACCUGGCACCUUAUCAGUAACUGCCUUUUCCUACGCCUACAUCGUUCACACUGUCACACACAUCCACAGCUCCAUCUUCAGAUACAUCCGACCAAGCCAGCGGGGUGGGAGGGAUUUUGACAAAGUUGUGUCUUUCCUCUACUGUGUGAUUACUCAGCUAUGUAACCCUUACAUCUACACCCUUCAAAAUGAACAAGUCAAACAGGCCUUGAAAGAUCUGGUAGCAAGGUGUUUUGUAGGCUCUGAUGAUAUUUUGAACUCCAGAGCCUCAAAGCA